GCGCUACAUUUGGAUCAAUAUCUGAAACCAAGAUGUUUUUUACGGCUGCACUUCCAUUUGUUAUAUAAGGAUUUGGUUUAUUUCUUUUUUUAUAUUAUUUUAUUUUUUUAGAAGAAAAAAACUUAAGAAAUGGAGCUGAACAAAGACCGGAUCAAAGAGGGGUUCAAACAAUAUGCAGGAAAGGCCCUGGGGGGUCUGUACAGGAAGCUCGAGAAGCGGCAGCAAACAGGUGAGGUCAUCGAGCUGACGGAGGACGGGAGACCCCGGGAGGACCAGGAGCGCGUGCCCCCCAUGUGUGACUGCACGUGCUUCGGACUCCCGCGCAGGUACAUCAUCGCCAUGCUGAGCGGGCUCGGCUUCUGCAUCUCCUUCGGCAUCCGCUGCAACCUGGGUGUGGCCAUCGUCAGCAUGGUUAACAACAGCACAAUCCAUCAGAACGGCAAGAUCAUCAUCAAAGAGAAAGCGAAAUUCAACUGGGACCCAGAGACCGUGGGGAUGAUUCACGGAUCCUUCUUCUGGGGUUACAUCGUCACUCAGAUUCCAGGGGGAUACAUCUCCUCCAGACUGGCUGCAAACAGAGUUUUCGGAGCUGCCAUUGUGCUGACAUCCAUCCUGAACAUGUUCAUUCCCUCCGCCGCCCGUACGCACUAUGGAUGCGUAAUCUGUUUGAGGAUAUUACAAGGCUUGGUGGAGGGUGUGACUUAUCCAGCCUGCCAUGGGAUCUGGAGUAAAUGGGCCCCACCGCUGGAAAGAAGUCGUCUGGCAACCAUCUCCUUCUGUGGGUCGUACGCUGGCGCAGUGGUGGCCAUGCCUCUGGCUGGGGUCCUGGUGCAGUACACAGGAUGGUCCUCGGUCUUCUACGUGUACGGAUCUUUUGGGAUAGUUUGGUACAUGUUCUGGAUCUUGGUAUCGUAUGAGAGCCCGGCCGAGCAUCCGACCAUCACUGAAGAAGAGCGCCGUUACAUCGAGGAGAGCAUCGGUGAAAGCGCCCAACUGAUGGGUGCCAUGGAAAAAUUUAAGACCCCCUGGAGGAAGUUCUUCUCCUCCAUGCCUGUCUAUGCAAUCAUUGUGGCCAAUUUCUGCAGAAGCUGGACCUUUUAUCUGCUGCUCAUCAGCCAGCCUGCAUACUUUGAGGAAGUCUUUGGCUUUGAGAUCAGCAAGGUUGGAGCGCUGUCUGCUCUUCCUCACCUGGUCAUGACCAUCAUUGUGCCUUUAGGAGGCCAGUUAGCCGACUACCUGCGGACCCACAACAUCAUGUCCACCACGACGGUCCGUAAAAUCAUGAACUGUGGAGGGUUUGGAAUGGAGGCGACACUCCUGUUGGUGGUGGGUUACUCUCACAGUAAGGGGGUGGCCAUCUCUUUUCUAGUCCUGGCAGUGGGCUUCAGUGGGUUUGCAAUAUCAGGUUUCAAUGUGAACCAUCUGGACAUUGCUCCUCGCUACGCCAGCAUCCUUAUGGGGAUUUCAAACGGAGUGGGAACUCUGUCAGGGAUGGUCUGUCCACUUAUAGUUGGAGCGAUGACAAAGAACAAGACCCGUGAAGAGUGGCAGUAUGUCUUCCUCAUUGCCUCCCUUGUGCAUUAUGGAGGGGUGAUAUUUUAUGGGAUCUUUGCCUCCGGGGAGAAGCAGCCAUGGGCAGACCCUGAAGAAACCAGCGAGGAGAAGUGUGGCUUCGCGGACGAGGACGAGCUCGCCGAGGAGACGGGCGACAUAACGCAGGGAUACGGCGCAAUGGGCGGCCCGGCUAAGAGCUACGGGGCCACGGCGCAGUUGAACGGAGGAUGGGUCCAGGACUGGGACAAGACGGAGGAAUAUGUUCAGGAGCCAGCAGGAAAGAUGUUCACCCAGCGUGGCUACUCUUAAACCGCCCAGCUGUGGUGAGCCUGCUGUAAAAACAGACUCUCCAUCGCGGAUUGCACAACCCGUAGACAGUUGUUCCAAUUCAUUUUGUGUGUUCAAGUAGUUUCAGAUGAAAUGUAACGAAAUAGAAAUAAUUACAAAGCAGAAAAAAAAUAUCCUCAGUAGAUUCUCAUGUUCCUCUUCACACGUGCACACCGUAGGGCUUCACCUUACAUACGGAAAGUGUUUGCAAAGCACACUGCAGAUCUGCAUUGAACGACUUAGACACCCAAACCUCAUUGAUCUACUUGAACAACGUGAGCCAGACGACGCUGCAGUCGACCAUCAUGUAGGGGUUUUCUCUAAAAAUACUACUCUAAUUGCACUGAAA